AGAGAAACAGCAGAAAGCCCGGGCUGGCUUUUAGAGCCUGGGAACCGGGUCUGCAGAAAUGACAGCUCGAGCUUUCUGGCUCCUCUGCCUGGUCCUGGGAGCAUCUCCCGAAGCCCCAGCGGCGGAGGGAAAAGCCUCGCCGCCCCACGACAGGAACCCCGAUCCCGGCGGCGGCCCGAGCGCGCAGGAGCCGCCGGGGCCGCGGGAACAGCCGGUCCCCGAGGCCGCGGCUCCCGCCUGGUCGGACCCGCGGCGCCGGAAGCCCCCGCUGCCCGCCGAGAAUCGGACUGGCUUCCGGGAGGCCGCGCGCGCGCCCGCCGGCCCGCCGAGCCCGCGCCUCCCGCAGGCGGAGAACCGCGCGUCGCCGCGCCGCGCCCCCGCGCUGGAGGAUUCCCCGCUCCGUGCGCGCGCCCUCGCCCUGCGCUUCCCCGCCGCGCGCCCGCCUGCGCGCGCCCUCGACGGCCUCGCUCACCCCAACCGGCCGCGCGCCGCCGCGCCGCCCGCGCUCUCCGCGCCGCCGCCGCCGCCGCCGCGCCAGGAUCGGCCACGGGGCGACGCGGAUCCCGGCGCCGAGCCCUGCGCGCACGCCUGUCGGGUGGAUCUGGACGAGCGCGAGUCCUACUGCGCCAGCGAGUUCGCAGUGAACGGAAUCGUGCACGAUGUGGACGUGGUCGGCCCAGGGAUCCAGCUGGUGACUCUGCUGGUGGACCGGGACGGGCUGUACAAGAUGAACCGCCUGUACAUCACUCCGGACGGCUUUUUCUUCCGCGUCCACAUCUUAGCCCUAGACUCCUCCAGCUGCAAUAAGACGUGUCCAGAGAUGAAACCCGGCAGCAGGUAUAUUGUGAUGGGCCACAUCUACCAUAAGAGACGGCAGCUCCCUACAGCUCUGCUCCAGGUCCUAAGAGGGCGGCUCCGACCAGGAGAUGGACUGCUCCGGAGCAGCAGCAGCUACGUGAAAAGGUUUAACCGAAAAAGGGAUGUGCAAGUUCAAGGUGCAGUUCACACCCAAUGCAUUUGAAUUUACCAUCCCAGCAUUUCUGGAUCAUGAGAGACUUGGAAUUGAUCAAGACAGGAAAGGUGUAUCUUCAUGUAAUCAUGUAAUCCCUGCUCCUAAAAAACCUAUGUUUUGUGUGAAGGUCCAUUGUAAUGGGACCUUCCUUGACAAUAGGGCACAUGGCUCCUUUUUAUGAACUAGUUGCCUAGUUCCAACUCUAAUCGUGAAGUUGUCACCUUCUUAUUUACAAGAUGCUUCUUAAGUGUAUGCUUCUGAGCUCGGUGGCAAAGUUCUUCUUAGUGCUAGUUACGCACAUAGCUACUGACCUGUCCCAUUAACAGAUCACUGCUUCAUGCUGUUUAUUUUUAAUUAUUUUAAUUUAAAUACAUUCUCAGUAGAAAUAGUUCACAAAAAAACAUUUUCUUGAUUUUAUAUACAACUUUGAAUAGUUUAUAUCACGUAUCAAACCAAAUGUUAUACCUACAGCAUCACAUUUUAAGUUCUGUACAUAACAGUAAGUGCACUAGUCAAAGACAUGUAUGAUGUCAUAUAGAUCAAACAUAUGGGUCAGAGCCCAAGACACGUUAUGAAGUUUUACACUUAAAGAACAUUAAAGGGCUUAAUUCAAGCACAAUAUUACGCAAGUGUUUCUGAUGUACCAAAGUGUAAGAUAGUUUAUUUUCAUGCCUCCCUGCUCCUAAAAACGUAUGUUUUGUGCUGAACUGUCAGCUAUCCCAAUGCUAAACAUAUUCAGGGUGUAUCUGAUGUCAUUUUUCUAUGAAGACCAAAUAUCAUGUUUGUUUUGUAAAGCAGUAAACCUUGACUUGAAAUCA